AUGAUCAACACAGACAGCUUAAUUUAUAUAUUUAGUAACGUCCUUUCUUUCUUUCUUUCUUUCUUUCUUUGCUCUUUUCCUUCCUUCCUUCCUUCCUUCCUUCCUUCCUUCCUUCCUUCCUUCCUUCGACUCCUCUCACUUUCCUUCCUUCUUUUCCCUUGCUUCCUUCUCGCCUUCCUUCCAUCAAUCUUUUUAAUUUUCCUUUUAUUCCAUUUUUUUUUUUGCCUUUCUUUCUUUCUUUCUUUCUUUCUUUCUUUCUUUCUUUUAACCACCUCUUCCUUCAUCUAUUUCUCCUUCCUUCCUCCACUACUUCUUACUUCUUUGCCACCUUUCCCCCUUCCUUCCUUUCUUCUUCUUCUUCUUCUUCUUCUUCUUCUUCUUCUUCUUCUUCUUCUUCUUCUUCUUCUUUCUCUCCUACCUUCGUUCUUUUCUUCUUCAUCCUCUUUCUUUCUUUCUUUCUUUCUUUCUUUCUUUCUUUCUUUCUUUUGCGUUGUUUCCUUUACUAACUGUUAUGGUGUUUCUUCAUAUCUAUCUAUCUAUCUUCAUCUGUUCGAUAUCUAUCUAUCUAUCUAUCUAUCUAUCUAUCUAUCUAAAUCUUCUCAUCUAUAUCUAUCUAUCUAUCUAUCUAUCUAUCUAUCUAUCUAUCUAUCUGUCUGUCUUUCUGCUUUUCUUCAUAUCUAUCUAUCUCCAUCUGUUCGAUAUCUAUCUAUCUAUCUAUCUAAAUCUUCUCAUAUCUAUCUAUCUAUCUGUCUGUCUUUCUGCCUAUUUUUUUAUCUAUCUAUCUAUCUAUCUAUCUAUCUAUCUAUCUAUCUAUCUCAUUCUUUCUUUUAUCUUCCUUCCUUUCCUUUUCAUUCAUCUUUUUUUUCUGCUUUGUUUCACUUGCUUUUUUUCUUUCGUUUCUACGUGUAUAAUUUCCCCCGCCUCACUCUUUCGCUCUCAUUUUCUUUCCUCCUUUCACUCUCUCGUUCUUUUAUUUUUUUUUUUUUCACUCUUUCUUUCUUUCUUUCUUUCUUUCCUCCUUUCAUUCUUUCCUCCUUUCAUUCUUUCUUUCUUUCUUUCUUUCUUUCUUUCUUUCUUUCUUUCCAUACGUGGGUGUUAUCGGCUCGGCUACUUCACCAUAUCUGA